AUGGAUCGCAUCGUCAUCGACUCAAGCGACGAAGAGAACGUGGCUCCGAACGGACACGAUGGCCGACCUGCGACCCCCGAGAUCCCCGGAUGCGCCCUGGCACGUUUUACAGCGCCACCGCGCCGGGCCACGCCGCGCCUCAUGUCCGAGUCCUCGGACGAAUCGCCACCAGCAUCGCCACCGCAGCGCGCCGCGCCAGCAGCGCAGCGCCCCAUGUCCGAAUCCUCGGACGAAUCGCCACCCACAUCGCCACCAACGCCUCCUCGACCCUCGGGCCGCUCGAUCUCCCCGUUCUAUGUGGACGGCACUGGGCGCAAAAUCCCAUGCUCCGAGGCUCCGCCGGCCCGACUGGACUUUCUGAACCUGGGCUACACGGGAUCCUAUCGUGGCCCGUCAGAUGCUAACGCCCCACUGGCGUUCACGAGCCAACAAGCGCUCCGCAUCAUCGACCAGACCUACGACAACGCCCCACUGGCGUCCACGAGCCAACAUGCGCUCCGCAUCAUCGACCAGACCUACGACGACGCACCGCUAGCAUCUUCAAGCCAAGCCUCGAUCCCCACCGCCGACGAGACCACCGAGCAGGGCUACCAGCCCACCGGGAAGGCUAUGCAGUGGGAGGCCGAGACCAGUGAUAGCGAAACGGAGGCGGGACAGAAGUUCCGACGCAAAGAGGCGCAACCCCCGACUACCGCCGAACAUUGCCGCGCCAAGCCGUCGAACCUCGGUCCACCGCCGCGGGAUAUCCACCGAAAGCAACGCGCUGCCCAACGCCGACCCACAGCCGCUCCACUAUCGACGAGGAGGUCACUCCCCAGCCACUCCACGUGUCGGCUCCGGAGAUCGCGGGUUCGAUCUCUCUCCAGGCACGAUGGACAUAUUAAUGGAGGAGCUCGAGCCUACAGUCGAGGGUCUUCUACAGGAGUUAAUCCCAGACUGGGACCCGACUGCACCUCCGACAGCGGCAGCCCCGGCCACCACCGCCGACGAGGUCCCACCUCCAGCGCCGCGCACCCCUCGCCCAGUCCCUGCGGCCACCACCGCCGACGAGGUCCCACCUCCAGCCCCUUCUUGUGCCCGUAG